GCGGAAGGUGGGGGAGGGUUUCCGGAGCGAGCGGAAGCACCCCGGUCAAUUUUCCGAAGGAGCGGAGAGACCGAAUGUCUGUGCUGGGUCAUGGGUGAGGCGAGUCAGGGUCCCUCGCUGGAGGCCGGGGCGCUGGCUGCAGCCCGAGAGCGAAACAGCCGUUUCCUGAGCGGCCUGGAGCUGGUGAAGCAGGGCGCCGAAGCGCGCGUGUUCCGCGGCCUCUUCCUGGGCCGCGCGGCCGUGGUGAAGCACCGCUUCCCCAAGGGUUACCGGCACCCGGCGCUGGAGGCGCGGCUCAGCCGGCGGCGGACGGUGCAGGAGGCCCGGGCGCUGCUCCGCUGCCGCCGCAUCGGGAUAUCUGCACCAGUUGUCUUUUUUGUGGACUAUGCCUCUAACUGCUUAUAUAUGGAAGAAAUUGAAGGUGCGCUGACUGUUCGAGAUUAUAUUCAAUCCACUAUGGAGACUGAAAAAACUCCCCAAAGCCUCUUGGGCUUAGCCAAGAGAAUUGGGCAGGUUUUGGCUAGAAUGCACGACGAAGACCUGAUUCAUGGUGACCUCACCACCUCCAACAUGCUCUUGAAGCCCCCUCUGGAACAUCUGAACAUUGUGCUCAUAGACUUUGGGCUGAGUUUCAUCUCAGGACUUCCAGAAGAUAAGGGAGUAGAUCUGUAUGUCCUAGAGAAAGCCUUCCUCAGUACCCACCCCAAGACUGAGACUGUGUUUGAAGCCUUUUUGAAAAGCUACUCUACCUCCUCCAAAAAAUCCAAGCCAGUGCUAAAAAAAUUAGACGAAGUGCGCUUGAGAGGAAGAAAGAGGACCAUGGUUGGGUAGAAGAAUGUGCGUGACAAUCACAUGUAGUGAGGCUUUUUUCUGAGUAAAUUUGAAGACAUGUAACUAAAUAAAGGAGCGGCUAUAUUUUUAAGUGGUC